AUGAACGCCUGGGUCUAUGCCCAGACUGAGCCCGAGCAGCCUGAGAAGCAGUGCCCCAAGGGUGACCAGAGGCAGGUCAUUCCCAUACCGAGUCCACCAGCUAAAUACCUCCUUCCAGAGGUGACGGUGCUUGACUAUGGAAAGAAAUGUGUGGUCAUUGAUUUAGAUGAAACAUUGGUGCACAGUUCAUUUAAGCCUAUUAGUAAUGCUGAUUUUAUUGUUCCGGUUGAAAUCGAUGGAACUAUACAUCAGGUGUACGUGCUGAAGCGGCCCCACGUGGAUGAGUUCCUCCAGAGGAUGGGGCAGCUCUUUGAGUGUGUGCUCUUUACUGCCAGCCUGGCCAAGUACGCAGACCCUGUGGCUGACCUGCUGGACCGCUGGGGCGUGUUCCGGGCCCGGCUCUUCAGAGAAUCCUGCGUCUUCCAUCGUGGGAACUACGUGAAAGACCUGAGUCGCCUGGGCCGGGAGCUGAGCAAAGUGAUCAUUGUGGACAAUUCUCCCGCCUCGUACAUCUUCCAUCCCGAGAAUGCAGUGCCCGUGCAGUCCUGGUUCGAUGACAUGACGGACACAGAGCUGCUGGACCUCAUCCCCUUCUUUGAGGGCUUGAGCCGGGAGGACGACGUGUACAGCAUGCUGCACAGACUCUGCAGUAGGUAGCGCCGGCCUCCGUCUGCCUCCCGCCCGUGCGCCCUGGAGCCUCCGGCCUCGGGGACCCACCUGGCCUCCGCUCCCUGGGAGCGGGAAGUGAGGACACUCCGUGCUCCAGGCCACGAGGUCCAUGUGGCCACACCUACCUGUUUUCUUUUUUAAGAACAGAAACAACUAUUUUAAAAUGAACUCUUUUAACAAAUUUCAUAAAGGGACAUGCAUUUUACUGGAUUUGCUUUUCUUAAAACAUACCAAAAAGAAAAAAAAAAUGGGGAAAAAAAAAAAGCUUGAAAUCUAUCAGACUUCCUUUCAACUGUCCCCCUGGCCCUCUCCUCCAAGCAGACAACCUGUCCCUUUCUACCCCAGCUCAGAGCAGCUGACCCAACUCAGAAUCUCUUUCCUACAGGAUGAAGUGCCUUUUUGAAUGUUAUUUUAAGCCGAGAGUUAAUUUUUCUACACAACAUAUUUCCAGACAUCUUUUAGUCUUUUAUUGUCUUAGAUUCUCUAAAAAGACGAAUAUGACAAUUUUCUAGAACCUGGGGGCGGGGGCGAGGGAUGGAGGUGAGUCCUACAAGCCUGUCCCCCAGCAGGUGUGAGUGCUCUGACGCCUGGUGACACGCCGCAGGGCCGGGCUCCCGCCAGGAGCCUCGGCGACCGUGGCAGUGUCUCCACUCAGUACGGACCCGGUUUGGAAUGUAUCUGCAGUUGCGCGGCUCGACACUUUAGGAGACAGUAGAUACCUUUAUAGUAUCACUGUCACUUCGGGUGGUGACAGUCGUGUCCUGCGGUCACACUUCCCCCUGGAAAAGUGGCACCAUCACCUCUGCUUUCACACCACUGCCAUACUUCUGUACGUUUUUCGUUCUGUGGCUGUCGUUCUGGGUAGAGCAGUUCCAAGAAACAUCAAAACCCCCGGAUAUUUAAAAAAAAAAAAAAAUCUGUGUUUUGAUUUUUAAAUUUUUCCUUUCCAAAAGCUGGAUACACACGGAGCUGUUUGGGAAUUUUCUUUGCUGCUCCCGCGCUGCCACCGAAUGGAUUUGACCAGCGGCUGUUACACUGUUCUUUGCCACUGUGCCUAUGCUCAGAAUCUGCUCCCUGCUAAGCUGCAGACUUGGACAGGGUCAGAAACGUAGGUGUCCCCCCCCCCAGCCCCCACUGCAGACUGCACCAACCGCAUCCCUUCCCGGGCACUGGCCGCGGGAGUUUGGGAGGGAACAAAGACACGGGGGCCAGCGCACCACACAGGCGUGGUGUUCGUUCUGAAUGUCCCCCAACAUCAGCUACUGUGAUGAGCCGACUGUUCGCCCCUGAGAACGCGCGGCCUCAACCAGCCACCGCAUUGAUGUGGCCCAAGUCCACUCCUGGUCUUCUCUUUUGAAGCACAGUCUAUUUUCUGAGCCGGGGUUGGGGAAACCUGUCGAGAUGUGGAACUCACCCCCCUGAGCCAGGAGAGGCGGGGUGCCCUCCCUGGGCUGGGGCUUCCUUUGCAGCCUUUCCCAGGGAGCUGUUUGAAGCAGUGCCAUGUUCCUUGUUUGACAAGACAGUCUAUAAAGUAUUGCUCUUAAAAAAUAAUCUAAAAGAACCCUUUCGUGUCGGCACCAUUGCCUUAGUCCUCUGUGGGGUGGGCCUCCGCCAGAGUUCCAGUGGGAGCGACCGGCACUAACAAGUCUGAAGAUGGGUGUCGAAGUGAAAUUUUGUUCUUGCUUUCGUUCACAAAAUAAUCACGUCCUCCCAACAGCACUUUGGGCUGUGGACUGCCGUGCAUUCAGAAGAGAAGUGUUCAGGGGUAGCCAGGCACCCCAGCAUUCUGAGUGUGCAGAACCCAGUGAUCCCCAUGCCAGUCGCGGUAAAAAUCGCCCCAUGGUAGGCAUUACCACAGAGAACGGCAGUCAUGUGGCAGAUCUGCACGUGCCCUAAACCUUGAUUUGGAAAACUAGUCAUUAAUGACCCGCUGCCUUAAAUGUUCUUGAAUGUUGCAGUCAGGUGUCUGUCCUGUGUUGAAAUCCACACAGAAAUCAGUCCUGGGACAGCCUUCGACCCGCCCUCCUGCCCUCUUGUCUGCCGGCAUCACACACUCUUCUCUGGAACAGAGGGCAGAGAGGACUGAAAUCCUAGAGUAUUUCAGGGGAAUCGAACCUAGGAACAGUGUCCCACUUCUGAGAGAUGGAGUGAAGACGCUGGCGAGCUUGAGCCAGACACUGCACCUACUAGUUCCUGAAACCGCGAGCACCACUGCACGGCUGUUGGGGAUGGAGCCCAGUUCCAGCCAUCGCAGACACAGACUGUCUCUGGGGGGGGGGUUGGGGGGAGGACCAGCAGGCCCCCCCCCCGAGCCUUCUGGACCCUGUGCACCUUAGUUGACCACACUCCAAAAUGCCAAAAUUUUUAUUUUAGCCCUUGAUUCUGCUUUAUGUACAUAAUCAGAGUAUCUAUAUCUCUCUAUAUAUUUUUAAUCAUCUACAUGUAAAUGAAGCAAUAGAAUUCUAACGUAAGGCCAAGAAAUGAGAUGAAUGUUUGGGGUUUAUGUUUUUUAAGGUAAAUACGGGUAUUGUUUUUAAUUAUUACCUUUUAUUAAAUUGUGGGCUUUAAAACCUAAUGAACCCCAUUAGCUAUUUCUCUGUGCCAUAUGCUUCCCAUGUUACCAAAAUAUCCCCCCCCACACACACACACACACUCUUUAACCAAAAGAGAAACCCAGCCUCCUGAGUUUCUUGGUCCUUUGCGUACCAGGUUAAAAUAUAGUCUCCUGGAAAGUAUUUUUUAUAUUAAGAUCUGGGACAGGAGAUCUUGGGUCAUGGACUCGGGCUCCUAUGAUGUGACACCAUCUCUGGCCGGGCCUUGGGUGGCGGUGCCCGGGCCCAUCUGAGGUGGUCACUGCUCUGUCUUCCAUUGCUCUGGAAUCCUAUGUGUUGGUCUGUGGCUUCACCCAUUAGCUGUUUGUAAACAAUGUUACCUGUAUCCUAAGGAGGAACACCGCUUGUCACCCCGAUGGUUGGUGGGGAAGCUCCUUUGACACUGCAGUUUUGAUGAGGUGACUUUGGAGACGCAAAGAGGCCCUGAUGACACUGACUUGUCACGGUUGCAGCAUUUGAACUUCUGGUAUAAAAAAAGAAAUCUGUAAAUUUAUAACCUGGCAACACUUUACAACCCUAUAUUUUAAAGACCGCUCUCUAAUAAAAUCUAGAACCAAGCAGCCCUAUAUGGUCAAACACUCGUGAUGUUUGUGCCUCUGCUUUUAAAAGGUGCUGUGAUGGACAGUUGGCAAGCCAGGGUCCGGGGGGGUGGGGGUGGCUUGAAGUGCUUGCAGUUACCUGAGCAAAGUCUUACUGGCUGCCUCUGUUCCUGUCUCACUGUAAAAUUGAUGGUGUCUGUUCCUGUCGGUUCUCCAGGGAGCUUCUCUGCAGACUAACACCCCUUCCCCGCCCCUUACCCCCCGGUAGUGGAGAUUCUGGUGCCUGGGUAGUCGUGGAUUUCUGUUGGACAUUUGAAUGUGACAAACAAGCCAGCAUUACUUGGGAAAUACUACAUGUGGAAUGUGCACGUUUCCAGGGGCGAGCAUUGUCCGCCGGGAGGUUUGCAAUGAUUUCCUUCCUGCCAAAAAUAAACACGUGAAACUGC